CCACACUAAUACAAACCGAACCUGCAUUUAAAAAUCGCAAAAUCAAAUCAUUGGAUAACCGCACCCAACAAUACAAUUUACAGUUUGGUUUGGCUUUGAAACUGCCUCUUUUCAAACCCUACUAAUUAAAGAGAUUCGUAAUACAUUAGACUAACGUCUCAUUUUCUACAUUAAACAAGCUUAGUCAAACGCCUCAAGAGGUAUUUUCCUUUUCAAAUAAGCUUAGUCAAACUCCCUCAGGAGGUAUACGCCAAUCAAUUAUUUAUGUCAUUCAUACGCUUCAAAUUUCAAAAAAUUUCGUCAACUGGAGGUUCAUCAAAUCAAAACAUGAUCCUUCAUGAUCAUCAAAGCUCAAGGAAUCGAUCUCCUGAGAGAGGCUGGGUUGAAAAAUGUCUGGGUUACUCCUGUCUCCAGUUGUUCUGGCCGAGGGUAGUCGUCCGCAAAUGGCUCAAUAUUUCUGAUAAUUGUUCAGAUUACAGUGCCGAUUCCGAUGACAGCAUCCAUGAUUCCGUUGACACAGAAGCGUUUUGUUAUCGGCCGAAAGAAUCCAGACUCGAUGAUAAGAAACGAGAUGAUUUUCAGAGUGAUUUAAUUGGAGCUUUUCCCAGGUCAAGAAGACGAAAAUCAGAGACAUUCAGAACACAAUAUAUCGACACUAAGGAACUCAGAGUAUCUGUUAAUACUUGGAAUGUUGGAGGUGAACUUCCACCAGAAGACUUAAACAUCAAAAACUGGCUUGAUACUGAAUACCCUGCAGAUAUAUAUGUAAUUGGUUUUCAGGAAAUCAUACCUUUAAACGCUGGCAAUAUCUUUGGUUCUGAAGAUAAUUAUCCAAUUUUGAUAUGGGAAAACAUCAUUCGUGACACUCUUAAUAAAAUUCAACCUAUAAAGACUGAAUUCAAAUCCUAUAGCAACCCUUCUUCUCCAUCAAGAUUUAAAAAACCUCCAAAUAUAGAAGAUGAAUUUAUGCUAGAAAGUGAUGAAGAGUGUGAGAAUGAUCCAGUAGGGCAAAAUUGUAAUUAUUGGGUUGAAAAACUAGAUCUUGACUCUAUAAUAAGCUUGAAGAAACACAUCAAGAAUGUACACGUGUCAACUGUUGGUGUUGGUGUAAUGGGCUACAUAGGUAACAAGGGUUCGAUAUCAGUUAGUAUGUCUAUAUAUGAAACGAACUUUUGUUUCGUAUGCACUCACUUAACAUCUGGUGAGAGAGAAGUUGAUGCAAUUAAGAGGAAUGCUGACGUGGAUGAAAUACAUAAAAGAACAAAUUUUAAUUCCAUGUCAAAAGUCGCACUUCCAAGGAGCAUUAAGGAACAUGAGCGAAUAAUUUGGUUAGGUGAUCUUAAUUAUCGUAUCAAUUUACCAUACGAUGAAACAUGUGACUUAAUUUCCAAAAAUGACUUGUCCAAGUUGCUAGAGAGUGAUCAACUUGGUUGGGAGCUAAAAAAAGGUGGUGUAUUUGAGGGGUGGAAAGAGGGAAAUUUGAAUUUUCCACCAACUUAUAAAUACGAGCAAAAUUCAGAGAAAUAUUAUGGGGAGGAUCCUAAAGGGGGUAGGAGGAAUCCAGCAUGGUGUGAUCGGAUACUUUGUUAUGGGAAGGGGAUAAAGCAAGUGGGCUAUAAAAGGGCUGAGAUUAGGGUUUCUGAUCAUAGGCCAGUUUCUGCGUUGUAUAUGAUAGAGGUUGAAGUUUGCUCUCUACGAAAAUUACAAAGGGCUGUAAUUUGGUAAAUAAUAGUAGUAAUUUUUUUAGUAAUUGUAAAUAAAAUGUUGUAAUAGAAAGAAAUGGAAGCAAGAUGAUAUAGUACACAAAUAAAUGAAAGUGUGUUGUUAUUUAUUGUAUUUAGCCCUAGAUAUCUUUGUCAUGUGUAGGGAUUGUUUGAUGAAAUUGUUUUUGAGUAACU